AUGGUAUCCAAUCCUGCUUCGCCUCAUCAGUUGUCUAACACUCGAGAUGUCAACUCGAAAGACACACAUGAAAAUAUUAAGGUUCACAGAAAGAAAAAGACUACGAUUCACGAGCAACAGUCGUCCAGAUCUAAAGCCGAUAAAAGUGACCUGUACUUUUUGUCCCAAGGAAAACAUCGUCGCAGAAGGACAGCUUACACUAGUGAGCAGCUAUUGCAGUUGGAGAAAGAAUUUCACGCCAAGAAAUACUUGUCACUAACUGAACGCUCGCAGAUUGCCACGACUCUCCAACUCAGUGAAGUCCAGGUGAAGAUUUGGUUCCAAAAUAGACGUGCGAAGUGGAAGAGGGCCAAAGCUGGAGUUACAUCAGGACGGUCAGUUUCUAGUCGUAAUGUUUCCAAGAUUGUAGUGCCCAUCCCCGUCCAUGUAAACAGAAUGGCGGUCCGAACUCGUUAUCAGCAACUUGAGAAGUCCACAUCUAGGUGCACAGCCUUUACAACUGAGCUUUGUGUUCGUGGAUUUUCACCUGUCACAAGAUACCGUACUUUGCUUACCAUGGUUGGCGUACAACUUGCUGCAGAUCUCUUUCUGGGUGGUCCUGGUGUCUUAUGUUAA